AUGGAGUUCGGAAUUUCAAAGCAAACUGUUUCGGACUUCAUCAAAAAUAAGGUGAAGAUCUUGAAAGUGGCUGCCAAAUCAACCGGGGAUGCAAAAAAGAAUGCGAGCCAGGGUGUCUACCCGAAGCUCGAAGAAUCGCUCGUCGUGUGGCUCAGUGCCAUGAUCACUAAAAAAAUCCUGGUGUCAGGCGACAUCCUGAAGCAGAAGGCAGAGGUUUCCCCCCUUCAGAUGGGUGUGAAGGUAGUCAAGUUCAACGAUGGACGGCUUCGCAAUUUGAAGAGCCGCAAUGACUUUAAGUUCAAGAAGAUGUCCGGGGAAAGUGGCGCCAUCGACGAUUCCGUUGUCGCCGAAUAUCGGGAUGGAAAGCUGCAGUCCUUGCUUCAGCAGUUUCCACCUAAUGAUAUUUUCAACUGUGACAAAACUAGACUGUUUUACAGGCUGCUGCCACAAAAAACGCUUGCAUUUGCUGGUGACCCCUGCCACGGUGGCAAGCACAGCAAGGAGCGGCUGACGAUCGUCCUUGGCAGCAACAGGUCAGGCAGCGAGAAGCUCCCGUUACUAGUAAUAGGAAAGUCAAAGCAUCCAAGAUGUUUCAAGGGGGCAGUGACUCUGCCUUUUUUCUAUGAAGCUAACAAGAAGGUGUGGGUAAAACAGCAGUUAUUCGAAGCGUACAUGCGCAAGCUGCACAGAGGGUUCGAGCAGCAAAAUGAAAGAGUUCUGCUGCUUGUGGAUAACUGUGCUGCGCAUGGCCCCAUCAAGGACCUAAAGGCCAUACAGAUUGAAUUUCUGCUGCCGAACACCACAGCGAUCUUGCAGUCAAUGGAUCAAGGCAUGAUUCAAAACUUUAAACAUCAUUACAAAUCACGCAUGCUCAGCCACAUGGUGCUCUGCUCCCACAACAGGAUAAGCUACACUAUUGACUUCAGGUCUGCCGUCGACAUGCUAGCAGAAUCGUGA